AUGAAACUUAUAGUAUGUAACGAACUUCAAAGUAUAGAUACAACAAAGGUUUUAAACUCAGAUGCUUUGAAGAGUCUUAUAACAGACAAAGUUGGAGUUGUUGAAAGAAAAUAUAAAGACCAAAGAGUUUGUGAAAAUGUUGCAAAUUUCAUCAUGGUUUCAAACAAUGUUGUUCCGAUGAAGUUAGAAAGUUCUGACAGAAGAUAUGUAGUUAUCAGAACGUCAGAUUCUCAUAUGCAAGAUACAGAAUAUUUUGACGACUUAGCAGAAACUUUGACAUCUGACUUUUACAACCACUUGUUCUCAUAUUUUAUGACAUUAGAUAUUUCUAAGUUCAAUCCAAGACAAAUUCCACAUACCGAAGAAAGACAAACAUUGUUAGAAGCAAACAAGAGUGUAUAUGAACUGUUCAUAGAUGAGACUAACUUUGAGUGUUUAGAUGAAAGGUCAUUGUACGAUGAAUAUAAACAAUAUUGUCAAGAAUAUGGUUAUAUGGCAGCUUCUAAACGAACAUUCUUGGCAAAUGUCAAAAAUCUUUUAGAUGUUCAGAAUGGCGUAUAUACAAAGAAAAAUUUUUCUGAGUAA